AAGGUAAUUUAUGAAUAUAGAUAAUAAUUCUGAUAAAACUGUAUAGUCAUGAAAUUUUAGUAAGCCAUCUCGUUUGAUGAAUUUUAAGUUGGGAAAAUGAUAUGUUUAUGAUUUCUACACCUGCACCGAGUGUAUUGAAUAAAAUACUAAUUUUUAUAUUACGUUAAAAGAUAAUACCUUAAAGAUGUCGUGACAACGUGCGCUUCGUUUCCUGUGAAAAACAAAUUGAAAGAAAUAUAAAGGAAUAGGUUUAUUGAAAAAAUGUGUUCCAGUACUCACCUUGUGUUUACUUUUAUUAAAUGCAUUGCAUAUAUAAUAAUGAUUACUGUCAUAGGAAAGCCUGUUCUUCUGCUAUAAAAUAUCACAAGCAGUGAAAGAAAAUUGAAAUGCAAACUUAGACAAUGCUCACGUAAUAUAACGCUAUAGCAAUUCGUAACUAUUUUAGUAGCAAAUGUUUUUGCUUUCUUGUGUACAAACAUGUUGAUAAUUGUUCGCAUAAUAGUACUUUUCUUGUUAUUGACCGGAACGUUAACUUUUGGACUUCUUCCGAUUUGUGUACGACCUUAUUUGAAUUCAUGCCAGUGUAAAACUGUCCAUCAAAAAGGAUGUGAAACAAGGAAACAAAGAGUUGCAACUUGUUGUUUGAUAUUUUUCGGGGGAGGUGUGCUACUGGCUACGUGUUUGGUGCAUCUACUUCAUGAAGCCCGCCAAGGUUUCGAUGAAGCGUUAGCAAAAUGUGCAGAGGUAGACUUCAAUUCUACGGAUUAUGGUGCAGAUAAUGAAACAGAUAUUGGACCUGCUGUAGGAUAUAUAAGAACACUUGAAUUAAUAGAAACUACCACACUUCAAACUACAGAUUAUCCUUGGAGCCAUAAUUUCAGCAAACCAUUCCAAUCUGUUCUUGAGAGAGCUCCUGUAUAUGAUAGUGUUUUAUGCAGCAGCGAUUUGCUUCAAACGUCAUUCCCUAUACCCGAAUUUGUAACAAUGUGUGGAUUCUUUUUGAUAUACUUCGUAGAAGAAUGCAUCAAAUUUAUGAUUCGUUGCUACCAGUCUUCCAGAAGUAUGUCCUUUCUACCCGAUAGCAGUGAUGAUGACAUGAGCUUAGAGAAGGUCGAACACUUCUAUCAAGGCAAAAUUAGGCAAUUAACAGCCGCUGAACAAGAAGGCAUGUAUCAGUUAUCACCAGAAGAAAACUGCAAUGAUAAGAUUGAUCCUUGCAGAUUAGAAAUAAAAGUCCUUAAUAUAUGGAAACAAUUGCCUAAGUCAAUGACGACAGAUAACGAAGAAUCUAAAGGAAGAGCGAAAUCUGUUAAAGACUUAAACUUCUUUUAUGGCCAAAAUGAUAUGGAGCAUUUGAAUACAGAAGGUUUGGAAGAUUUUGUUACAGUUUUAGCUCUAUCUCUGAAUUCAGUGUUCGAAGGCUUUGCAGCAGGAUUCCAACAUACUGAAAUAUCAACUUGGAUGUUGUUUGUAUCUUUAGCUUUGCAUAAAUUUGUAUCAGCAUUUGUGGUUAGUUUAGAGACAUUGCACAGCGGAGGAAGCAACCGCCGUGUAGUUCUGUAUAUAAUAAUAUUUUCCUCAAUGUCCCCUAUGGGUAUGAUGGCAGCUAUAUUGACGCAUCGUAAUCUUGUUGAAUCGGGAAGUUUACAGAUUGGUCUCCUCAACGCUCUGUGUGUAGGAACUUUGUUGUACGUAACAUUUUAUGAGAUGCUGCGCCAGAGGAAAGACUUCGCUGAAAUUUCUGGAUUUUCUCAAUUUUUCGUACUAUUACUUGGAUUUAUUGCAAUGACCUCAGUUGAAUAUUUUUAUACUCGUGUGGAAUAACGGCAUAAUUAACUAAAAGCUAGUAUUAUAAAUUGAAUUUUAUUUUAGAUAAUUUUAUCCUUUCAAACAAAGUGCUUAAUAUUAGUCAUUUUUCAAUACGAAACCCUGCCACAUUUUAUUUUAUUUUAUUUUUAUUUUUAUUUUUAUUUUUAUUUUUUUUUUCUGAACCGUAGGUGAUUUUAUGUAUUAAUUGUAAUAUAUAUAUUACAUUUAUCAGACUUGAAUAAUUUUUGGAAUAUUAUUGACA